ACGGGAGAGAGGUGGAGUCUGGUGAGACUAUCGGGGCGGAGCCAAUGCUCUGCUGGUGCGGCUUGCCACCCAGCUGUGCUUGGAAACCGGAAGUAGCUUGUCACCCUCACUCGCAGCAAUUCCGAUGACUGUCCACAAUCUGUACCUAUUUGACCGGAAUGGAGUGUGUCUACAUUACAGCGAGUGGCACCGCAAGAAGCAAGCGGGGAUCCCUAAGGAAGAGGAGUACAAGCUGAUGUAUGGGAUGCUCUUCUCCAUUCGUUCCUUCGUCAGCAAGAUGUCCCCGCUAGACAUGAAGGAUGGCUUUCUGUCUUUCCAAACUAGCCGGUACAAACUCCAUUACUACGAGACGCCCACUGGAAUCAAGGUUGUCAUGAAUACUGACUUGGGCGUGGGACCUAUUCGAGAUGUGCUACACCACAUCUACAGUGCGCUGUAUGUGGAGCUGGUCGUGAAGAAUCCCCUGUGCCCACUGGGACAGACUGUGCAAAGUGAGCUCUUUCGCUCCCGGCUAGACUCCUAUGUCCGGUCUUUGCCCUUCUUCUCUGCCCGGGCUGGCUGAAACAUCUACCUCACCCCUCAGAAGAAUCCGUGACUGUCUGGACCCUUGUGACUUGUGGCACCCUGAGCCCUUCCACCUCCCUGUCUCCCCCAAGAGCUUCAACCUGAAGGCCCACCACCCACUGCCUCCGAGUCAUAAGAAUGAAGCCCAAAGGAAUCCUUGACAGUUUUAUCCCCUGCUUGACUCUAUGAGGAACACAGAAUAAACUCUUUGUCACCUUC